AUGUCCCCUCCUACAUCCUUUUUGCGUAUUAUCCAAUUCUUAGGGCUCUUCGGAACUGGCUAUCAUGUCUUGGCCUUGCCAAAUCUCAACCUAAGAGAUACCAAACCGGACUGGCUACAAGGCCCUUCCAUCAUAGAAGUCCUUGGUUCAGUGAGAAACGUCUACCCAGCUGCAGACUUCAAUCGAGAUGUUACCACUUCCUGGUGGCAUACGGAAGUCCUGGAUGGUGCUUCGUCUGAGGAUUCAGACAAGUUCAACACCGCCUUGAAGGAGGCUGAAUUCAUAGUUCUUAACCAAGACAUGUAUAAGCUCCUAGGCAUUAAAGAUUACAAGGAAUCAAAAACAGUCGAGAAGCUCUUCAAAUUCCCUCCAGGACCAUCUUUCGCCAAACGCUUAGUCCACGAUGGUACGGUAUACUCACCUGAGUGUAAUUGUCUCUUUUUUGCCGAGCUACACCCUCCCCAGAAAGGUUUCUCAGCUGAUGCCAUGCCCUGGAUGUGGCGAACCAACCUCAAUGCCACCCCACCAACAACCGAAAAAGUUUACCCAUCCCCGCAGCUCACUAUGGGAAAUGGCGCCUAUUACCACAAAGGAAGUGUCUACUGGGCCCAGGAAGGCAACCAUACCAAUCCAGGGGGGAUUGUCAAGAUGGACCCGUUAACACUCCAAACCGAGGUGGUUCUCAACAACUUUUUUGGCCGCCGAUUCAACAGUCCCAACGACGUGGCCAUCACUCGUGGUAGCGUUGCAUACUUCACAGAUGGUUACUACGGUUACGAUAACUUCAAUAACACUCUCAAGCCAGAAUUAGCAAAUGGUGUUUGGAGAUGGGAUAUGAGCACUGGUGAUCUGCGUCAGGUCUCUGGUGCUGGCGGUGGCCCAUUCACCAAUCCGAACGGUGUUGCACUUAAUCUGGAAGAGAACAAGCUCUAUGUGACGAACCGUGGCAACGCUUCUGAUAACCCGGCAGGCGGUCGCACCAUCUAUGAAUUUGACAUCAAUAAGACUGGCCUACCCAUCAAAGGAGGCACAGUCUUUGCCUAUGUCGAUACUGGUUUCCCCGAUGGCAUCAAGCUUGAUAAAGACGGACGGGUUUAUGGUGGAAUAACUGGUGGUGUUAUUGUAUAUGACAAGUCUGGGAAGCUUUUGGGCCUCGUCAAGACAGAAGAAGAAGACGUGGCUGUCAACAUGCAAUGGAUCGAUGACCGGCUUUACAUUGUGGGACGAGACUAUCUCUACCGUGUUCAGCUCAAUUCUGGAGGUGUGAACAAAUAUUAG